AUGGCUGGAAGACCCAAGAAGUCUUUGUCUGUGAUAGGAUUCACUCUCCUCUGUCUGAACACGGUUAUUUCAUCCAAAACAGCACCCAAAACACCAACUAUUGAUCAGGCAUAUUCAAAAAUCAGCAAUAGUAUCACCGUAGAGUGGACGACUGUGCCAGGGGCCACAAGUUACUUGCUCACAGCUGAAGAUGGGGACACAGUCAUUGAGACCACGGUGGCCAGUUCCCCAGGCACUGUGACAGGCCUGAAGGCUGCGACCUUGUACCAAAUCACCAUCCGAUCCAUCAGUGCCUCUGGACAAAGCGAGGCUUCGUCCCCAAAGCAGGCGAAGACAGUGUUGGCUGCACCAAUCCUGGAAGUUGGCUCUCCGAGUCCAGACUCCAUCCUUGUGAGGUGGGAUGCGGUGUACAUGGCCAUCGGCUUCUCUGUGUCGGUUAUGCGAGCCAAUGGCUUGGGUAGAAUCUGGAAGGAGAAUACCACAAACACCUCCUUGACCUUCAGCAGUUUAGAUGCUGGGACUCUCUACACUAUAAAGGCCUAUGCGUGGAAUGCCAAUGGAAUCCCUGGGGAUGACUCCACCUGCAACCAGAGAACCAGUCCUCGUGCCCCUGCCAAUAUUCAAGUCGUCUUUGACAGCGGGGCCCUGAAGGCUUCUGUUUCAUGGACACCAACAGAAGGAGCGUUCAACUACACCGUGAUGGCGUCCAGCGAUUCUUCCCAGCGGAGUUGCAGCACAGCUCUGAGUUCCUGUAGCAUCCGUUCCCUGCAGUGUGGAACGGAGUACCUGAUUUCUGUCUCGGCCAGUAACGAUGCUGGGUCCAGCAGGUCGUCCUCUGCAGUGACCCUGAAGACUGUGGCUUGUGCACCUGGGAGAGUGACAAUCCAAGAAGACCCCCCUGGUCACUUGUCCGUGGCUUGGUCUAAUGUAGAGCUGGGCGAUUACUAUGUGGCUUUCGUGAAGAGUGACGAUGGCCUGGAAGUACACUGCAAUACCUCCCUCACUCAGUGCACCUUCCUGUCCGAAUGCGGCUUUACAUACUUCAUUAGCGUAUUCGCCUAUAACAAAGCAGGACAGAGCCCCCUGGGUGAUGUGUUCAAUUACACCACAGCUCCCUGUUGUCCUAAUGACAUUAGCCCGGUGUUGGUGUCCAGUGACAGAGUGGAAAUCGCCUGGUCUCCUGUGCGUGGUGCCGAACUCUAUGAAACCAAGGCCAUAGCUGGGUACAGUGUGGUGGAGUGCAACGACCCUGCUCCUGCUUGCACCCUCUCUGCUUUGGAUUGUGACACCAAGUACAACAUCACGGUGUAUUCCUUCAGCGAGGUCCGGGGCAGCAAUCUGUCCUGCUCUUCCCGUUACAUCACCACAGCUCCUUGCAGUCCUGAGAUAAAAAAUAUUUCAAAGGAUGCAUUCUCCACGAUUAAUGUGCACUGGCGAUCUACCAAUGAAGGCGCUACUUACACGGUGACUGCCCACGGGCAGAAGGGGCUGUUCCGGUGUAGCAGUACCGGGGAGACUUGCAUGAUUGAGGGCCUGCCCUGCGGCUCUGUGUUCUCCGUCACAGCCGUGGCUGAAACUCAGGCGGGAAAGAGCCUACCCAGCUACAGCGUGCCCCUGGAAACAGUGCCGUGCUGUCCAGCUGGUCUGACAGCAGCUCAGGUCUCCCAGUCUCUAAUCAACGUGAGCUGGACUAUUGGGACAGCAGCUCAAACCUACGUGACGGUGCUGGAGUCACACAUCGGACAGUCUAAGUGUCACACCCGUCAGAACCACUGCCUUCUGGGAUGCGUUGCGUGCGGCAUCAACUACACGGUGGCACUAAAGGCCAUUAGCCCCACUGGGCUGACCGCGGACUGUGCCCACCAAAGUUAUUCCUUCAGUGCCUGCUGCCCGCUGGGGGUCAAGUUAUAUAGGCUGGGCCCUAACGGCAUCCGGAUCUACUGGCAAGCCUCCAGGGGCUCUGCCAAUUACAGUACUGACCUCUAUGGUUCCAAAGGCAUCUUCACGUGUGCCCCAAGUGCUGGCCUGAGUUUCUGCGAUGUCACCGACAUCCCCUGUGGGGACGUGUACACUGUGAUGGUCUCACCAGUUGCUGAAACAGGACUGAAGCUUACGUUCUGUCCAAAGAAGAUAUAUUCAGUCGCCUGUUCUGGAAGUACACUUGGGAUGGUGAUUUACAGAGGGAAGAGGAACGACACGGUGGGCCCCAGGUAAAAACAGACUCUCCGCGAGAGUCCCUGGGUUGUUCACGAGCAGCGACGGAAACAAGCUAUUUAGAACACAGAACGCCCGUAGGAUAGGAAAGGCCCCACUGGCCUUUACCGGAGUAAUUCGUACUCUGUAAUUUGACAGGGCAAGGUCAAGUGUGUCAUCAGCUGCAGAGAAGUCAAGAUGAGCUGUGGAGAGGAGAGAACGGUACAGAGGAACGAUCCAGGAAGGCCCUGGAAGGCUGCCAGAGUGAGUCAGCUCAUCGCCAGAGCCUGCAAGCAUAAAAGCUCUGCUUAGCAGAAAUUUCUUCCGAGGCUUCACAUCGCGACGCACCACAGAACGUUGCCCACCCCAACCCCAUGUAGCUCAGGCUGGCGUUGAAUUCUGGAUCCUUCUGCCGCAGCCUCCCAGAGUGCUAGGAUUGCAGGCAACGCGCCUUUUUGCCCAGCACUCCAUUAUAGACUUUAAUAUAUCCUGUUCAUGAGUGUCUCAACAGCUUGCCAUACAGCAUCCUCCCCGCGGGAAGGACGGGCGUGUACCCCCACAGCAGUCAGGUCACCCUCAGGAGGACAGCAUCCACCCCAAGACGCGCCUCAGUUGGGACUUUUUAGCUGGAGUCAGUUAGCAGCAGUUGCUAGGGAAACGUGGGAUAACAAACGCCCUCGGCACAAGUUCCCGGGGAAGCUGAGCUGCAUGCCUGCAGACUUCACUGAGUCAGAGCAGCAUGUGAGAAGACAUCUGCCAGAGCCUCUGGGAAAAGCAGAACCGCAGGCCUGUGGCUGGAAAGGUUGCCAUCAGGCUCUCGGGGUGAGCGAAGGCGUCGGGUGGAGCGGCAGCCAAGGGCAGAGUCUGAGACCGUGGCCGACUGACAUACACACAGCUUUUCAGGGGUUCCUCAAUCUUGUAGCCUGUUCUGUACGCUCCCCUCACAUUGUAAUGGCUUCUUUCCAUGUUUGGAGAGAAAAGCAGUGCUAUAUAACAUAAAUCUGUUGUACCUAGAACAA